AUGGUGAAACUUUUCAUCGGGAACCUCCCCAGGGAGGCGACAGAACAAGAAAUCCGUUCCCUUUUCGAACAAUACGGGAAAGUUUUGGAAUGUGACAUCAUCAAGAAUUACGGUUUCGUUCAUAUCGAAGAUAAAACAGCUGCCGAAGACGCUAUCCGGAAUCUUCACCAUCAUAAACUUCACGGGGUUUGUAUCAACGUAGAAGCUAGUAAAAAUAAAAGUAAAGCUUCUACUAAACUCCACGUGGGGAACAUCAGCCCAGCUUGUACCAAUUUGGAGCUCAGAGCUAAAUUUGAAGAGUACGGCCCCGUUAUCGAGUGCGACAUCGUCAAGGAUUACGCCUUCGUCCACAUGGAACGCGCCGAAGACGCCGUCGAAGCCAUCAGGGGGUUGGAUAAUACGGAGUUUCAAGGUGAUUUCGUGGCACUGGGGAAUUUAGGGAUGGAGUUUUUGAGGUGGUUUCG